UUCGUCACUCUACUACUUGGCAAAUUGCCUCCGACUAUAUAUUCCCCCCCCCUUUUUUUUCUGUUGUAAUCUCUUGCGGGUUCUGGAAAAAGAGCGGGAAUCUUCAGCGACAAUUUCUGCAUAUCUCUCGUAUCCUGUCAGGAUUUUCUCAGCUGGGCAUUUUGUUAAAUUCCUGGAAGUUUGUACUUUUGAUCGAUGAGGAAAUUUGGAUGAAACUGGAGAGCGUUCUUUUCGCGCAUCAUUGUAGACUCGGAAAGGUUACUGCCUAUGAUGCUUGAUAAAUCACCUCGGCGGCGGACUGGCCUAUUGCGGGAUCAGGUUCAACUCGUUAAAAGAAAGGAGUCAGACAGAUAUGAGAUCGCUCCAAUCGAAGAUCCAUUAUCAUUUGAAAAGGGUUUCUAUGCCGUGAUUCGUUCUUGCCAAUUGUUAGCUCAGAAGAAUGAUGGACUCAUUUUAGUUGGGGUAGCUGGUCCAUCUGGAGCCGGAAAGACAGUGUUCACCGAGAAAGUUCUUAACUUCAUGCCUAGUAUUGCUGUCAUAAGCAUGGACAACUACAAUGAUGGCACCCGUGUAAUCGAUGGAAACUACGACGACCCUCGUCUGACAGACUAUGAAACACUUCUUGACAAUAUCCAUGGCCUUAAGGCUGGAAAACCUGUUCAGGUUCCGAUAUAUGACUACAAAUCGAGUUCUCGCAUUGGGUACAGAACGGUUGAGAUGCCUAGUUCUCGCAUUGUUAUUCUUGAAGGCAUAUAUGCUUUGAGCGAAAAACUACGACCUUUACUCGAUCUCCGAGUCUCCAUCACCGGAGGAGUGCAUUUUGAUCUUGUAAAACGUGUUUUACGAGACAUUCAACGUGCUGGCCAGGCACCUGAAGAAAUCAUUCAUCAAGUUUCUGAGACGGUCUAUCCUAUGUACAAGGCUUUUAUAGAACCUGACCUUAAGACGGCUCAUAUUAAAAUUCUCAACAAGUUUAAUCCCUUCAGUGGCUUUCAGAGCCCAACUUAUAUUCUAAAGUCAACAAGAUCUAAAACACCGGAAGAAAUCAAGGCUGUUUUGUCUGAAGCUUGCAAGGAACGUACCGAGGAAACUUACGACAUUUAUCUUCUACCCCCAGGUGAAGAUCCCGAAGCAUGCCAAUCAUACCUGAGGAUGAGGAACCGAGAUGGAAAAUACAAUCUCAUGUUUGAGGAAUGGGUUACAGAUCGUCCGUUUAUAAUAUCACCGAGAAUAACUUUUGAAGUCAGUGUCCGCCUUCUCGGGGGACUGAUGGCAUUGGGUUACACAAUUGCGUCCAUCCUGAAGAGAAAGAGUCAUAUCUUUGAUGACGACAAGGUUAUUGUGAAGACUGAUUGGUUGGAACAACUGAAUCGGACGUAUCUACAGGUGCAAGGUAGAGACCGUUCCUUUGUGAAAUAUGUGGCUGAGGAACUUGGAUUGGAAGGUUCAUAUGUCCCACACACAUAUAUAGAACAGAUUCAGCUGGAGAACCUUGUUAAUGAUGUUAUGACUUUGCCAGAAGAUUUGAAGACAAAGCUUAGCAUAGAGGAUGAUACUGUUUCUAGCCCCAAGGAAGUCCUUUCAAGAGCAUCUGCUGACAGAAGAAUGAAGUAUCUUAGCAGUGGUGAAUCAAAGUCCUACACAAAUCCGCGGGAGAAAAUCUUGCCAAACUUGACAAAACUUGCAGUCAACAACAGUAGAAUGUUUGAUGCCAGGCCGCCUGAUUCACCAGCCACUCUUCCAAAUCAGGGUGCCAUCACUCAGCUUUCGGAUCAAAUAUCGACGUUGACAGAGAGGAUGGAUGAAUUCACAUCUCGUAUCGAAGAGCUGAAUACCAACUUAUCUGCCAGGAGGAGUUCGGGUAGUCAACAUAGCCUGGCUUUACAGGCUGAAGGCUGUAAUGGUUCCAUCUUACCUCAUUCUUCAUCCUCGUCUCAACUUGCUAGGGACUCCCCUCUCAUGGAAGAGGUUUUGCUCAUUGCCCGUGGACAACGUCAGAUAAUGCAUCAAAUGGACAACCUGAGCAAUCUUGUCCGGGAAUACGUUGGAGAGAGGUCUCGCCAAGGAAAGUUGGACAGAGAGGACACGACGAGCGGAGGGCACUCGGGAGAAUUAUCCUCCAUGGCUGUUGUUCUUACUAUCGCCUUCGGGGUUCUGGGCAUUGUUGCUUACAAUGGUUUCAUGUCUCCAAAAUGAAGAUCCUGUAGUUUCAAAAAAUAUACCCUUCACGUUCCACUGGAUGUUUCUUUCUGGUCUGGUGAUUGUCGUGUGAAAUAAGGUGACAUGUCUUUCUAGCAUGAAGUCAUAUCAGAAAACAGUUCAGUUCCCUGCUCUAGAAUCCAUGAUCAGUGGCAGUGGCAAUGAUGUAAAUAAGAGGGACAGGCAAUGCACUUGGCCUUUGGGGAUGUAAAUAUGAUACAAAUAAGAGCUUGAUUUGGCAUU